CUGUGGCUGCUUCUACGCGACUCCACCCCUCCGGCAGUCGAAGGCAUGGCGAGCACCGAGGCUAGAAGGGAGUGUGAGACAGAAGGCUGCAGCAAGGACGCCAAACUUCAGUGUCCCACAUGUAUCAAGCUCGGUAUCCAAGGCUCCUAUUUCUGUUCCCAGGAAUGUUUCAAAGGGAGCUGGGUGUCGCACAAGUUGCUGCACAAAAAAGCAAAGGAGGACAAGAACCAGAAUGAAUCCCAGAACUGUGUGGAGAAUGACAUCAACACGGACCCAUGGCCCGGCUACCGCUACACGGGGAAGCUACACCCUCACUACCCACUGACUCCCAUGAGGCAUGUGCCCGGUGACAUCCAGAGACCUGACUAUGCGGAUCACCCCAGAGGGAUCUCCGAGUCCGAGCAGUUCCUGAAGGGGACGUCACAGAUCAAGAUCCUUUGUCCCGAGGACAUCGAAGGCAUGCGGGUAGUGUGCAAGCUGGCACGAGAAGUCCUGGACAUCGCAGCCGAGAUGGUGAAAGUGGGCGUUACGACGGAAGAAAUCGACCACGCUGUACACUUGGCCUGCACAGCCAGGAAGUGCUACCCUUCCCCUCUCAACUACUACAACUUCCCCAAAUCCUGCUGCACGUCUGUCAAUGAAGUCAUCUGCCACGGCAUCCCAGACAGAAGACUAUUACAAGAAGGAGAUAUUCUCAACGUGGACAUCACAGUCUACCACAAUGGUUUCCAUGGGGACCUCAAUGAAACCUUCUACAUUGGCGAGGUGGAUGAAGAGGCAAAGAAGCUGGUUCAGACCACAUACGAAUGCCUUAUGCAGUCCAUCGACUCUGUGAAGCCUGGCAUCCGCUACAGAGAAUUAGGUAACAUCAUUCAGAAGCAUGCUCAGGCCAAUGGCUUCUCCGUGGUGCGGAGCUACUGCGGCCACGGCAUCCAUAGACUUUUCCACACCGCUCCCAAUGUGCCACAUUAUGCCAAAAACAAAGCAGUUGGAGUAAUGAAGCCUGGCCACGUGUUCACCAUUGAGCCCAUGAUAUGUGAAGGUGGCUGGCAGGACGAGACGUGGCCCGACGGCUGGACGGCGGUGACCAGAGACGGGAAGCGCUCGGCUCAGUUCGAACACACCCUGCUGGUGACGGAGACCGGCUGUGAGAUCCUCACCCGCCGCAUGGAGGACAACGGUCGCGCUCACUUCCUCAACCAAAUGUAGGCCGGACUUGAACGCACCAAGGACUGGACUUUCCAGACACUGACACCCAGCACCUCUGGGCCCCGCACACAUGCGCGCACAUUCACAUAUAUACACACACACACACACACACACCUCAAACAAGAGGCACCACCCCUUGAGCUCAGUUUAACUGCGGCUCUCAUUGUUCUUUGAAUUAAAUAUCGGUUGCUCAAAUUAAA